AUGGCUUCUCCACAAGGGGGCUACCCUCCCCAGGAGGGGUACGACCAACAUCCCGCCGGCUAUGGAGCCCCUGUUGAACAACCCGGGGAAGCUGCCGCUCCCCAAGCGCACGCUGGAGGAAAGAAGAAGAGAGCCUAUGCUGGACAGGCAUUCGAGUUUGGAUCUGGUGCCAAUGCCGCACUCGGAGGCCAGCCGCCUGCCGGUGCUGCCUACGGGGCUUACCCUCAACCGCAACAACAGCCGGUAUACGGUGCCGAUCCCACCCAGAUGGCUCAAGGAUAUGCUCCGCCGGUAGCUCCAGGUGUCGCGCAAAUGACCCAGCAGUUUGGUGCUAUGGGUGUUACGGAUCCUCAUCUUAUGCCCCCGCAAGCAGCCCCUCAGGCUCCUCAAGCCCCGCGAGCUGUUCCCCUCAAUCAACUCUACCCAACCGACCUGCUCACCCAGCCGUUCAAUGUUGCAGAGCUCGACUACCCCCCACCCCCCAUUGUUUUGCCUCCUGGGACAAGUGUUUACCCCUCUCCAUAUGCCAACUGCCCUCCCAAGUAUGUGCGCUCGACGCUAAAUGCUGUUCCGACAACACACUCGCUUUUGAAGAAGUCGAAGCUCCCUUUUGCACUCGUGAUUCAACCCUACGCAGCCCUCCAUGAUGCGGAAGACACGGUUCCCGUCAUCCCAGACCAAGUCAUUUCCCGUUGCCGACGGUGCCGAUCCUAUAUCAACCCGUUCGUGACAUUCCUCGACCAUGGACACCGCUGGCGUUGCAACAUGUGUAACUUGACAAAUGAUGUGCCGCAGGCCUUUGAUUGGGACACCACUCUCCAGAAACCGGCAGACAGGGCGUUGAGACCCGACCUCAACCACUCUGUGGUAGAAUUUGUUGCUCCCCAGGAAUACAUGGUCCGCCCUCCCCAACCCCUUGUAUAUCUUUUCUUGAUAGAUGUGAGCUAUGCGUCAGUCACGAACGGCCUCCUGGCCACGAGUGCCCGGUGCAUCAGAGAAAGCUUGGACCGGAUCCCCAACGCAGACCGACGAACCAGACUUGGCUUCGUUGCCGUUGAUUCCAGCCUUCACUACUUCAGCAUUCCUCGAGAUGGUUCAGAGGUUUCUGAUCCACGCAUGCUGGUCGUCAGCGACUUGGAUGAGCCCUUCCUCCCCAUUCCCGGGGACCUUCUAGUGACUCUGAGCGAGUGCCGAGAGAACAUUGAGAUUUUCCUCGACAAGCUGCAGGAGAUGUUCCAAAACACUCAGAACCAUGGUUGCGCGAUGGGAUCGGCGUUGCGUGCCGGAUAUAAGCUCAUUUCACCCGUUGGUGGAAAGAUGACUGUUCUUACUUCAUCUUUGCCCAACGUUGGUCAUGGCGCUUUGACCAUGAGAGAGGACCCGAAGGUUCUAGGAACGAGCAAGGAGAACGGCCUGCUCCAGACGGCCAACAGCUUCUACAAGAGCUUUGCUGUCGAGUGCUCCAAGGCACAGGUAUCUGUGGACAUGUUCUUGUUUUCAGCUCAGUAUCAGGAUGUGGCUUCGCUCAGCAACCUUCCCAGAUACACCGGUGGGCAAACGUAUUACUACCGUGGGUGGAAUGCCGCCCGUAGCGAGGAUGCGAUCAAGUUUGCGCGUGAGUUUUCCGACUACCUGUCUUCGGAGAUUGGCCUCGAGGCUGUCCUUCGUGUCCGUGCUACGACUGGUCUGCGCAUGAGCACCUUCUACGGAAACUUCUUCAACCGUAGCUCGGAUCUCUGCGCAUUCCCAGCAUUCCCGCGUGACCAGGCGUAUGUCGUUGAAGUUGCGAUUGACGAGACUGUCACGAAGCCUGUUAUCUGCAUGCAAACCGCCGUACUUCACACGACCUGCAACGGAGAGCGCAGGAUUCGAGUUUUGACACUGGCGCUGCCAACCACGCAGAACCUUGCGGAUAUCUAUGCCUCGGCGGAUCAGCAAGCCAUAACCACGUUUUUCAGCCACAAGGCAGUCGAACGCACACUCGGCAGCGGCCUGGACCCGGCGCGAGAAGCGCUACAAGCGAAGGUUGUGGAACUACUCUCAACCUACCGCAAGGAACUGGCAGGUGGAAGCGUCGGCGGUGGCGGCCUGCAAUUUCCUGCUAACCUCCGAGGCCUCCCUGUUCUUUUCCUCGCUCUGAUUAAGAAUCUUGGUCUACGCAAGUCGGCACAAAUACCGACGGAUUUGAGAUCUGCGGCCCUUUGCAUGUUAUCGACCCUUCCUCUUCCUCUUCUCAUCCAAUACAUUUACCCUAAAAUGUACUCUCUUCAUGACAUGCCCGACGAUGCCGGCUUGCCAGAUGGACAAACCGGCGAAAUUAUCCUGCCUCCCACUAUUAAUCUGUCAUCUGAGCGGAUAGUUCCUUACGGUCUCUAUCUCAUCGACGAUGGACAAACUCAGUUCCUGUGGGUUGGACGCGAUGCGGUGCCGCAGCUCCUAGUUGAUGUCUUUGGGCUACCCGAUAAGACGCAACUCCGCGUUGGCAAGCAGUAUCUCCCGGAGCUCGACAACGACUUCAACGGACGUGUGCGUGCAGUCGUCGAGAAGAGUCGGGACCACCGGUCGAAGGGCGUUGGUAGCAUUGUGGUGCCACACCUGUACGUGGUCAAGGAGGAUGGAGAGCCCGGGCUCCGCCUCUGGGCGCAGACGAUGUUGGUGGAAGACAGAGCCGACCAAGGUGUCAGCCUCGUGCAAUGGAUGGGAUCACUGCGGGAAAAGGUUUGA